UGAAUCGGAAUUUCCCGCAAUCAUUAUUUACGUUUCGAGGGACCAUUCCCCGUGAAUGGAUUGAAAUUCCUCGAGACCCUCAAACGGCUCUACCAAGUAAAUAGCUACCUUCUGGCUACCUUCUAAUUAAUUUAUCACUCGAGGAAUCAGGAGUAUGUGAUCCAGCAGCAAGGCUGAACAAAUUAUCGGUGACCAUCACGAUUCGCUGUUUGAUUCGGAGGUAAGCAGGCUCAAACAAGCGCACGUUGUUUAUGAAUCCAGACUUGCCUUCCUUCCAUGUCUCGUCGCAAACUUCCUGGAUUUUCGACAGACUCUGGCACUCCUCUGGUGGGAAAACCUUCGAGGACCAUCACUUGGAACGAAAUCCCACAGUGGCAAAAGCACAAUAAAUACAUCUUUUCUGGAUAUCGAAGGUCUCAGUAUACCUGGGGAGGCUGCAUACAUUCCGUGUUUGCAUACCUGCAUAACGAAACAGUGAACAUACACAGUCAUUUAUGGGGAGGCGUAUUUUUCCUCUACCUCCUAGGGACUGUGCGAACCGAACGUUUGACAGUUCAUGAGACUACUUGGCUGGAUUCAGCACUGUUUGCGUUGUUCCUCUUCUCCGCAAUGUUCUGUCACAUCUCCAGUGCGUUGUAUCAUACCUCUAUCUGCCACUCUCGAGACGUGGAAUCCCGUUGUCAUGCUUUCGAUUAUACAGGGAUCAUUGUUCUUAAUCUGGGAUCGCAUUACCCGCUUCUCUACUAUGGUUUCUUUUGCGAGCCUCAUUACCAACUGAUUUACAUAUUGACAAUAACGGUGCUUAACUUAGCGGCUGCUUUUGUAGUGCUUGACCCGGAAUAUGCAAAACCAACUCAUAUCGGUGUACGCACUGCAAUUUUUAUCGCUUUGGGCUUCUUCUCGACUAUUGCCAUCGUCCACUUGUCGUUUAUUCAUGGCAUCGUAGUGACCCUCGAGCACAUAGGAUUUCAAUGGUUCAUUCUCUCUGGAUCUUUCUAUGUUUUUGGAGCUUUACUUUAUGCAAACCGUAUUCCGGAGAGGUUUUCACCAGGAACUUUUGAUUAUUUCUUUUCUUCCCAUCAAAUUUUCCAUGGUUGUGUCUUCGUUGCCGCGUACUUGCACUACGUAUUUAUAACCAUUGCUCUCAAUCAUUACCAUUCGCAAUCUCAAUGCCGCAUGCUCACUCAUACAUUACCAUAACUCCCCAAACAGUCUUAUGUUACAGAUUACAAUUGCUUUCUGCUCAAUACUGUACAUACAAAUUGUACAUACAUAUGUGGACAACAACCUAGUCAUUAAAUGCCCAUGGAGUUUCAGCAUGAGCAAUGAUCAUGCUGAAUGAAUCUUCUGUGCUUAACACAAGACUUAAAUUUGCCAACUCAACUAGACUCACCAGGACUCACCAGUAAAAAUUCCUCAGC